GACGUGGAGGCAGGGGCAGGGGGAGGGGGCGGAGGGAAAACUGGGAAACUCUCGUCCGGUGCCUGGUGUGUCUGUCGCUGGCUCAUCUCGUGUAUGAAGAAAGACGAACCGGCCGUCGGGGCGACCACCUUCCAAAACACCACUCCCAGCACUCCUCCGACUGGACCCAGACACCACCUACUGUUACCAAAGGCACCGACUGACAAGAAGAAAUGCGUUGUGAUUGACCUAGACGAGACCUUA